UCAAACGGUCAGAAUAUCGUGUGCAGUCGACGGUGUAUUCGCACGUAGAGCGUCGUUUUCGGAUGUUUCGGCACGUCGUCAAAUCAAAGAACUUAACCGAGGACCUUCUUUCGCCUGAGAUAAUGCUCACCAUUUUCGCGCUCCUUAUUUUAACGAGUGGCAUGGUUACGGCUUGGCUGAUACCAAAACAAAUUUGGCCAAAACAAAACACAUAUAAAAAUAUUACGUCGAUACUACCGGAUCUCUACAAGUGUGAGCGGACAAUGUACACUAUAAGAAUUUGCCUUCCAUACAGCAUGGACUCGAUAAAGUCAUAUUUAGCCUCUGGCAACCGGGAUUUGGAUUGGCCGCGUUUCGAGCCCUAUUAUAUACCUGAAUUACACCUCAACUUUGCACAUGCAAGGAUAAGAAGAAUGACGCUCUUCAAUAUGAACAUCUACGAAGUAACGAACUACAAGAUAAAUAACGUCGUAGCUGACGAUAAAGUGAGCAUGAUUACAUUCGACGCAUACUUUCCAAGGAUCUGCAUGUACGCUCGCUAUGACAUAGAAUAUUUGGAGCAUAAUCGAUACUUCAGGAUAAGCGGCGACUCCAUAAAUAUGCGAUUUUGGGAUGUCACUGCUACCAUCGAUAUGGAUGGUAUAUUUUAUAAUAAUACAAAUGGAGAAGAAAUGUUCCGAGUGAGCAGAGUUUUGAUAAAGUUCUCUGUAAAGGACCCACAGUUCUACAUAUAUCUAUCGGACGAAGACGACAUCAAAACAAUCAGUUCGUUGGCUGAUUAUAUGAACAAUAACACGGAAGAAAUGGCGGAAGAUAUAAGGUUUGUAGUUAAUACGAUUGUUGCAGAUAUUAUCAAGAAAACAGCCAAUAGCAUCUACACAAAAUUUCCGAUUAAAACCCUCAUGCCUAAUUAUCGAUUGUCUGAUUAUUGAGUGCGCCAUCGUUUUAACUCCGCGACUCUCUGCAGCUACGAUAUUCAGUUAUAACUAUUAAUCACCAACAUAAUGAAUUGUGCGCGAAUUAUUCCUACCGAGUCACGUACACGCACGUACACACCGGUUUAUGAAAUGUCUUCUCCGACCAAGUCGUUACGUACAUUAAAUGAUUACGAAUGCGAAUGACUGCUCGCGGAUUUUCACGGCAAACGUUUGAGACAAAAAUGGAAUGAUGUUGUAUAAUGUGAAUACUACGUAUAUUUUUAUUAUAUCGUAUAUUUUUAUUAUAUCUUCACUUGAUAAGGUAAAAAUAUAAUGAAAAUACUCACACCUUUCGCGAGUAUUUCGUUAAGCUUAUAACGUCGGACGUCGCGUCAUAUCGACAA